GAAAUAUUGAGCAGGCUCGGUAAAUACACUAAUUGCUAACUUGACCGUCUUGUCAAUGUGACGGACAAUAUCAGCCCCAUCUGCUCCACCAGGGCCCAGGCGCCGAGGAGCUGGCCCACCCACUUGCCUCACUCCUCAGCACAGAGAGAGAGAGAGAGAGAGAGAGAGAGAGAGAGAGAGAGAGAGAGAGAGAGAGAGAGAGAGAGACUUCUUUACCUGAAGCUUAACACCUCUGUACUGUAAAAAGAGUUCGUCUGAUUUCUACCUUUUUUCAAGCAUUUCUUAUACCACAUUUGAGUUUUUUCCGAUAGUAUGUACGAGUACCUUAGUAUAUCUCGACCAGUACUUUGAAAAAAAGUACUUUGAAAAAGGACUAUUUCCAAAGGCCACAGAGAUGAAUGGUCAGGGUCUCUUGGGUGUUUUCCCAUGUAUGAUGCAGAAGCAUUGUUUAACUAGCACUAUUAUCGUGAAAACACCCUUGAAAAACAUCAUAGCCUUCAUUAAGAUAAACUGUUGAAAGCAAUCGAGAUGAGACGCUGAAACGUUUAAAAAUGUGGUGUCUUGUCCUGUUAGUGUUGAUCCUUCAACUGCUGUAGUAGUUCUUUAGACAAUAUUCUGAAACAUUCCUGCGCCGCACCUCCACUACAUUCAAAAGAUUCUAGUUGAAGUUACACAGGUUUUUGAAGCUUUUUUUUUUUUUUAUAGUUCUAGUGGCAAAUCAACAAGAUUACAUUAUUAGCAGGAAAAAUACUCUCGAGAGCCCUACUUAUUAUAUCUGUGUCCUUCGAAAACAAUCGUGGUGAGACAGCAAAACGUUUCUGCUUAUGGAUCAUUUUGUUGACACUGGUCGCGGUAAAGAAACGGAGAGAGGAACCCGUCCCCGGGCUUUACCACUCAACCAGCACAAAAAUAAUAACGAUAACAAUGAUGAUAACGAUAAUGAUGGCAAAUACGAGCAUCUGCACUACGCCUAGCGCUAGCCAAGUCACGCAGCCUAGGUAUUAAUAGCACACUUCCUUGAAACCUCAGAAAACGAGCAAGAUUCCGAUCCGGAUUCUUCUGCGGUAGGUGUCUUCACCACCACGCUAUCGCUUCCAGGCACUAUGGGGAAAAAAACACCACUUACAUACCUGUUGUUCCUCUUUUCAAUUACUCGUUUUUUUUUUUUUUUUUUCAUUUCCGAUUGUUGUGCAGUGGGUCAUGUGUGGUGCGUUACGAUUACAAUUAUCCAGUUCCUUUUAUUUUCUGGGACAAAGAGUAACGGUUACCGUUUUUAUCUCUUCUCACUUGUUUAGAGCUGUACAGAUUUGUUACUUCCCCCAGAAGUAGUCCACUUAUUAACGUAUGGUGAGUUAUAAUUAUCCAGUACCUUGAUUAUUAUUUAUCUGGGUCACCUCGCUGCCGCCAGCCAUACAUCUGGAGCGACCACCGUGUUAGUGGAAGAAACCGUUUUCAGGGUUGCCGGAGAGUGGUGCCGCCCGGCCCCUUGCGGUCCUUACUUUCCCGCGUGCCUCUCAGUCACACAGUACCGGCGAGUAGAUUUGUGUCUUCACGGUCGGGCUCCUCCAAGCGACUGGAACAGGAGGCGGUGGUGGAUGUGGCGUCCCUGAGAGGAGGCUACCCAGGCAGGAGUCAAGUCAGCGCCACCACCACCACCACCACGCAGACGAGGCCAUCGACAUGAAGGUGGUGGUCACGCUAUUGUUACUGGUGGCGGCGCAGGGAAGGGACAUUCACCGGGGCGGCACAAGAGUCCUACAUCGCCCUGGACACAACCUCAGGGGGCCCUGGUUGGGAGGAGAGGACCCUGAGCAAAACCACCUCAAGACAAGACCUGUGUUGUUCAAUGGAGGGGUUCCUGGUGACUUUGGUGAUCGUAAUCCCAGUCACGGUAGCGAGUGGACAACCGUGGUGGGUGACUACAUAAACACAUCGCAUAGUACAGAAGACUCAGGGCAGCUCAAGGGGCUUAGAGAGAAAGAGAAUACUGCCUUUACUCCUGAAGGGAAUCUAGAAUCAUUACCAAAUCGUGGUUCCGGUGAUGAAGACAAUGGUGACCAAGAUCUGCUGAGUCGGAAACGACUGGUGUACCAGGCAGCGAAUAACUUCAGGAAGAGACACCCAGAGUCCAGGAAGAGUAGUAGUAGUAGUAGUAGUGGUGGUGGUGGUAAUGGUAGUAGUAGUGGUAGUGGUGGUGGUCGUACUGUGGGGGCAAAGGAACUCGAUGCUAGGAGAAAGAUCGAGAUCUCCUCACAAGUUCACGGUGCAAGGAGGUCCAGACUUUCACCACCAAGCAAACGUUUCCAGAUUAGUGUGUGGCAGCUCGAUGGCACAAGGGACAGCACAAUCUACAGUACAAGACUCCGUGACGGCACAACGGACGGCGACACGGAUGGCAUGGAAGACGGUACCGAUAACACGACAAGUGAUAACACGGAUGGCACGAAUGAAGGUACAGCUAGCAGUACUGUGGAGGGUACAGUAGAUGACUCAGAAGACGGCGUGACAGGCGAUACGACAGACUCGACCAACGACGCAAACACAACAGGCGACGUCCCAAACGAAAUAGCAGACAAUACAACAGAUGAAAUUGCAAGUGAAGAAGCAGGUGAAUCAAUAGGUGGAGCAAAUGAAACACCUGGUGGAACAGAUGAAACAGCGGAUGAAUCAACAGACGGAGCCAAUGAAACACAAGGUGGAACAAAUGAAACAACAGGUGAAGCUGCAGAUGAGACAGCAGAUGAAGGAGCAACAAGUGAAACAGCAGAUGAAACAACAAAUGAAACAAAUGAAUCAACAAAUAAGACAAUAAAUGAAACAGAUGAAGCAUCAGGUGAAGCAAAAGAUGAGACAGCAGGUGAAACAGCAGGUGAAGCAACAGGUGAAGCAGCAGAUGAAGCAGUGGGUGAAGAAGCAGAUGAAGCAGCAGGUGAAACAACAGAUGAAGCAAAAGAUGAAGCGGAAGAUGAAGCAGCAGAUGAAGCAGCAGGUGAAACAGAUGAAGCAACAGGUGAAGCAGCAGAUGAAAUAGCAGAGGAAAUAACUAAUACAGCUGAAGACAUAACAGAAAUCGCAGGUGACACAUCAGAUCCAAUACACAUACUGGAAAACACAGCAGAUGACACAAACGGGAGCACAGCAGACACAAGUGAUGCCACGCAGUGCACCACAACAGGCGACUUCACAGUGGUCACCAAAUGUACCGCGGAUGAUGGGACAAGCAAGGGCACCAUCACCAUCACCAGCAAUACCACAAGUGUCAUCAUAACUGGUGACAUUGUAGAUGACGAGGAGGACAGCCCUGUUGGGGAUGUGCCCCCACCCGAGGAUGAUGGUCUGGCUCUGGAUGAAGUUGAAGCUGGGAAUGAGGGGGAGGGUGGUGAUGGUGGGGAAGGUGGGAAUCUUACCCAAGAAAUUAGUGCUGCUGUGGAGGCGUUCAUUGACCGUGUGCUAAGCGAAGUCCACAAUGAGGAGUUAAAUGGUGGCGAUGGUGAUGGUGGCGAUGACGAUGGUGGUGCUGGAGGUGAGAGCGAUGGUGGUGAUGCUGGUGAGGCUCCUUCUCUCGGUGAAACCAUCAGUAACCUGGUUCAAGGAAUAAUUUCUAGUGCCCUCGGUGAGAGUGGUGAGAGUGAGUCAAGAAGAGACAGUUUGGUCUAUGGCAGUGAGCGGAAACUGCCCUCGGUAACCCAAGACCUUGAGCUUUCUGCCGCCAUUGACAGCUUUAAGGCCAAGAUCAAGAAAAAAAUCAUGUCCUCCCUAAGAAAUAAUCACUCUGCACGUGGAAGACAACAAGAUGACAUCCACUCUCGUAACACAAGACGCAGGUUCUCUCAGGCUAUCGCAGGGGCUGCUCAGAGGGCAAUCAGAGAGCGAAUAGGAUCCAUUAGGAGAGGAGGCAGACCUUUCACCAGAGAGAAAAAUGAUGAUGAGAUUGGUGACAAACAGGAUGAUGAAAAUGUUGCUUCAAACCGCAAUAAGGAUACGGAUGGAAAACAGCAUCGUAGUCCUGUUUCUGCCAUGGUCAUAAAGACUGAUACGGCACACAUCAUGAAAGGAAAAACUUCAUCGCUGCAGCUGACACAUAGGGACAACUAUACCGAGGUGUUUGUCAUGGGCCGCAGCUUGACACACAGGUCAGGUGAGGGAGACCAGACUGCUCCCGACUCAGCACUGGAAGCAGACAGGGAAUUGCUCGGGUACCAUGCUGCACGACCCAGGCAGUUCCUCGACAUUGCUACAGGAAUGCUUGCUGCUAAUGGCAGCCAUGGUGAGAGGAACAGUGAUGGUGGUGAGGCCUCAUUUAAGGAGCGAACCAGGCUGAUGGAGACAGCUGUGGCCAGACUACCACGUGCCAGCAGGCGGUACCACAGCAAAGGCAGUGACGAUAUGUUGUCAAUCGGGGAUCGCAUAAGAGACUUUAUUAAAGGAACUGUUAAGAAAUUUGUUGAUGAAAUGAUUUCCAGUGCACAGAACAGGAUCACUGAGAGCAUCAAUGAUGGAAUCACUAAUAGAAUAAUCAAUGGCACCACUAAUACCACUAUCGAUGGCACCACUAAUACCACUACUGACGGCAUUACUAGUAACACAACUGAUGUCACCACUUAUACCCCUACUGAUGGCAUCACUAAUUCCACCACUGAUGGUACCACUAGUAGCACCACUGAUGGAACCAUUAACAUCACUGAAGGAACUAUUAACAACAUCACUGAAGGAACCAUUAACAUCACUGAUGAAAUCAUUAACAAUAUCACUGAUGGAACCAUUAACAUCAUCACUGAUGGAACCAUUGGCAGCACCACUGAUGGAACCAUUGACAGCACUACUGAUGGAACUAUUAUCACCACCACUGAUGGAAGCAUUGACAGCACCACUGAAAGAACAAUUAACAACACCACCGAUGGAACUAUUAAUAUCACCACCGAUGGUGCCACUGACAACAUCACUGAUAGCAUAACUUACAACACCACAGAUGACAACACAGCUGGCACCAAUGAUAACACCAAUGAUGGAACCACUGAUGGCAUUACUAGUGAUUAUACCACUCAUGAAACCAAUAAUAGCAAUGUUGAUGCUGUCAUUAAUGGAACCAAUGAUAAUACCAUUGAUGGCACCAUUGGUGGAAUCACUAUUGGCACUAUAAAUGGAAGCAAUGAUAUCAUUAUUGAUGGAGCCAUUAAUGGAAUCAAUAUCACUAUUGAUGGUACUACCGAUAUCACUGAUGGCACCAUUGCUGGAACCACUGACGACAACACUGAUGGCAUCAUUGAUGGCACCACUGAUGACACCAUUGAUGACACCAUUGAUGACAUCAUUGAUGACACCAUUGAUGACAUCACUGAUGGCACCACUGAUGACAUUACUGAUGGCAAGACUGAUGAUAUCACUGAUGGCACCAUUGAUGACAUCACUGAUGACAUCACUGAUGGCACUAUUGAUGACAUCACUGAUGGCACCAUUAAUGACAUCACUGAUGGCACCACUGGUGACAUCACUGAUGGCACCAUUGAUAACAUCACUGAUGGCACCAGUGAUGACAUCACUGAUGACAUCAUUGAUAGCAUCACUGAUGGCACCAUUGAUGACAUCAGUGAUGGCACCACUGAUGACAUCACUGAUGGCACCAUUGAUGGCAUCACUGAUGGUACCACUAACGAAUUUGCUGAAGACAACAUUCUUAGUAACACAGGUAGCACCACUGAUACCAACAAAGGUAACAACACAGACAACAUUACGCAAGGCAAUACUGGCAGCAAUGGCAGCAACACUGACACUAACACCAUCAAUGCCUUGGCUCAUAAAAUCAUUGAACGCUUGGCUGGUGCAACUGAUGCUACGGAAAACUCCAUCCAUCAGGCCCUCCAAAGUCUUCUUGAGAGCCAUUUGGAGCCACCUUCUGCAUCUGAUGCUUGAAUCCCAAGGAGCAGACAAGCAAGGCAGACCUAGAAGUGAUAAAAAUUGUCCAGCAUGCUGCUGCUAAAGUGACUUUGUGUUUUGCAGUGGCUAACUCUGGUAAUAGUUUAUAAUCAAAGAGUCUAUAUACAAAUUAUAAGACAAAUGACAAUGAUUUAAAUGACUCAAAUAACAAGAUUCUUAGUGAUUACUAAGAAAUUUUCAAGGCAUCCAUCCAUUAUUCAGAUUGAUGUAUUCUAUACUGUGUUGUUUUAGGAAAAACAAUUGUGAGCUUAAACAACCAAACCAUAUUACUAAUUGCUGAAUGAAACCCCUUCACUUCACCUAUGGACAGAAUCAUUACUGGAAUGCAUUAAGUUGUGUCCUGCACUUUCACAGGUAGGGCCCCCAAGCUCACAAUCUACCACCAGCAAGAAGUGUGGCUUGAUGUCUGCUGAGUAUAUCCAAUCUUAACUCUAUAUAUUUUUGGGCUAUGGCAGUGGUUCUCAACCUGGGAGCCAUGGUAAGAAUUCAGGGGGGGCCAUGGCAGGCUGUUGCAAAUUAUACAUUUCUAAAUAAUGUUACGAAUCUGAAUAAAAAAAAUAAAAAAAUAUUGCAUCAUUCUGUCCUGGCAUAUCACAUAAAUCUAUCAAAUACAAGAUAAUAAUGACACUCGGUGUUUAUCGUAGUGUUUAAUGUGGAUUUUCUUACCACACUGUAUUUAUACUACAUUAGCACUGAAUAUCUUGGUACCAACUGUAUAUAUAUAUAUAUAUAUAUAUAUAUAUAUACACUUUUCUAUUGUGCACAAAUAUAAUGCAAACACACACAGUAGAAAUAUGUAGUAAAAAUUCAUCCCUGCAACUGUAAAAGGUGGCUGAGGGUGCAUCCACAGUCGAACAAUGUUCAUUGGACAAACACUGUUACCAUAUCAUACUGUGU